AUGUUAGAAAAUCAGUUAGAUAAAUUUUGGAACAUUGAGAAAAUCGCGACGGACAAACCGAAGUCAACGGAUGAGAUUAAAUGCGAAACGCAUAUUUUAAACACUGUACGUCGUAACGAGACAGGACGGUACGUCGUCCGCUUACCGUUUCGAACGUCUAAAAAACGUCUUGAUGAGUCGCGAAUAGGAGCGCUAAGGCGUCUAUCGUCGUUAGAACGUACACUCAACGCGAACGUGACUCUAAAAGACGAAUACACGCAAAUCUUGGAAGAGUAUCUAAAAUUAGGUCAUAUGUCCGUAGUAGAGACACCCGACACCAUCGGAUAUUAUAUGCCACAUCAUGCAGUCAUUAAGGAAUCAAGUAUUUCCACUAAGGUUCGUGUUGUAUUUGACGCGAAAACAAGCAGUGGGAUGUCGUUAAAUAACAUGCUAUUAAUAGGACACACAAUCCAAGACAAAUUGUUUGCGCAUUUGAUUUGUUUCCGUACAUAUAGAAUAGUGCUUACCGCAGAUAUAGAAAAAAUGUAUCGACAAGUGGUAUUACACCAAGACGAUAGGAAAUAUCAGCAAAUUCUCUGGCAUAGAAACAACAAGUUAGAGACUUUCCAGAUAAAUAGGUUCACGUUUGGCGUCUCUUUUUCACCAUUUCUCACGAUCCGCGCUAUAAAAGAACUCGCAGAUGACGAAAGUCAUAUACAUUCUAGGGCAGCCGAGAUUAUUAAAACGCAGCUGUACGUAGAUGACUUAUUAACCGACGCCGAGACGGUCGACAAAGCUCGCACAGUUAGAUAA